UUAGUUACCAGGUCAUAAAAUCUCAAAAACAAAAAGUAUUUUGUUUUGAUUUUUGUUUAUUUUGAUUUGUGCUUUUGAUUGAACGUAGAGUAUAAAUUCUCUUUGCUUUUGGUGUUUACUAAUUACUUUGUGUGCUGAUUUCAAAUUUAUAUUGAUAAAUGUUCUAACUUAUAAGUUCCUAUUACAAUUAUUAAUUACAUAUAUAUUUAUGUAAUUGAGUAGAGAGUAAAAACUCAAUAAUGCAAUUAUUAUUAAGGCCGUACAUAUAGGAUUGAUAGAAAUGUAUUUCCGAAGAAUAAACUUUAUUGCGGUCGUUCUGUUGGGGGCAGCUGUUUGUGAAUGUAAAUAUGCGUAUGUAAAAUGGACCGACAAGCCCGUGAUAACUGUAAUUGAUAACUAUAGUGAAAUACCGCCUGUGAACGUUGCUCGCGCUACCUACACUAACGACAUAAAUGGAACUGGGUGGGCCUAUUUAGAGCUUCACACUUCACCUGAUUCCUGUGAUGAAAAGCAGGCAUAUGCUGCUGGUUUCCUAGAGGGCUUCCUCACCAGAGACCUAAUAUGGAUGCACUGGGAGAACAUGCUGAAAGGGUAUUGUUAUGGAAAGGCCGAUGUUUGUGGUCUGAUUGAGCAAUAUGUUGAUAUCAACCAGAAUUAUAUGAAACAGAUGAUUGAGGACAACUUUAAUGACCCAUACUGGUACCAGCUGAAAUUAUUCAACAUUCAAUUGGAAGGACUAUCUGCCGGGUACAACCAGGCCACCGCUCACGCGUAUCAGUGGCUCACCAUCAGAGAUAUAUUAUGGAUUAAUAUGCUGGGUGAUCUGGACGACUUGGCGUUCGCGCUGUCGAUGCCCAAAGAGACCCCAGAGGGUCUGCUGUUCGGUGACCACUGCAGCGGACUCGUCAAGCUGCUGCCGGACUUAUCUGAGCUGUUCACCUCACAAGUCACAUGGAACAGCUACCAGUCCAUGCUGCGGUUUCAGAAGAUGUACAUGUUGAACUAUCGCAUCACUCCCAAUGUUGACGUACUUAUUCCGGGCAGGAAGAUGUCCUUCACCUCAUAUCCUGCUUUCGUUCAGUCCACAGACGACUGGUAUAUCACGUCGGCCGGUCUGGUGGCCGCGGAGACCACGAUCGGCAAUAGCAACAGAUCACUCUUCGAGAACGUUCGGCCGGACGGACAGAUCCUGGAGUUUAUGCGAGCGAUGGUCGCUACGAGGCUGUCUCGGAGCGGUGAAGAGUGGGUCGACCUAUUCGCCAGACACAAUAGCGGCACUUACAACAACCAGUGGUACAUCGUAGACUACAAGAAGUUCAAGGCACGCAGGGGCUACGAGGCUGGCAGGGUGGAGCCGGGCCUGCUGUGGGUGCUGGAACAGCUGCCCGGCUACACGGAAGCGGCCGACCUCACGGAGCACCUGAAAGCGACCACAUACUUCCCGUCGUACAACAUCGCGUUCUUCCCGCGCGUGUUCAACCUGAGUGGUGGCAACGAACGCGUGGCCACCUUCGGCGACUGGUUCGGCUACCACACCAACCCGCGCGCCAAGAUGUUCCACCUGCUGCAGCCGGCCGCUGUGAGCCUGCGCGCCACGUUGCUCGUCAUGCGCUACAACGACUACACGCGCGACCCCCUGGCGCGCUGUGCCGCCUGCCGCCCGCCCUACAGCGCCUGCAACGCCAUCUCUGCCAGGAACGACCUUAACCCCGCCAACGGCACGUAUCCGUUCCGCGCACUGGGCCACCGCAGCCACGGCUCCACCGACGCCAAGGUCACCGACUCCGAGCUCAGCAGGAGUUUCCGCUUCCUCGGCGUGGCCGGGCCCACACACAACAUCUCCAGGGGGAUACCACCCUUUCAGUGGAGUAAAUUUGAUCUGGAACCUCAAAUAUCGCACGAAGGCCACCCGGACUUGUGGGUGUUCCCACCACUCAUACACCACUGGGAGUGGGGAUAGACAGCCAGAUAUCUUACUUUAUUAUACUUAAAGAAUAUGUGUAAAUAGUUUGUCCUAGAUCGUACUCCAAUACAGACUGAAUUAAUAAAUACUUACUUUUUUUU